AUGGCCGCCGCACUCGGAGUCGACAUCGUCACCUAUCCUGGACCUGACGCAGCACCUCCUGGCCAGCGCCCCCUGCCUGUGGCGUUCCUGUACAACGGGUUCCAGCUCAACAGCGGCGCGUACGACGCGUACGCGUCGCGCCUCGCCUCCCACGGCGUCGUCGUGCUGCGAUACGACACCCCCUUUGGAAAGAUUCUGACCGACACAGCGGAACUCCCCCUCUCCCAGCUCGCGCUCGAAGCGCUCGAAACACAAGCGGCGGCAGGUGCUCUGCCGGGCCUGGAAGGCGGGAGGGUCUCGGAGCAGUCCCCGCUCGCCGCGAUCGGCCACAGUCGGGGGGGCAAGUUUGUUGCGUUGCAGUUGGGGGCCGCGACGUCGACGUUGGUGGACGGCCGCGGGCGGAGGCGCGUGAUCUCGGCGGCGGUGAUGAUCGACCCGAACGACAGCUCGCGCUUCACCAAGGACAAGCCAGGCUACGAGUCCGGCGUUGCGGCGCUGGCCACGACGGCGCUCCCCGUGCUCGUCGUCGGGGCGGACGUGAUCGGGAGGUGCAACCCUGACGGCAGCAACUGGAAGGAGUUCGCGCGGGCGGCGCCGGCGGGGAGCUGGGUGGAGGUGGUGCAGGGCGCGGGGCAUUUGGAGUUCGCCGAGGUGAGCUGGGCGUUCCGGUUGCUCUGUCCGCGGGGUACGACACGCCCCGCGGACGCUAUCGAGCGCGCGCUGGCGCCGACGGUCGCGGCCGUGCUGCGCGGCGUGGCGGACGUCGCGCCCGAGGCGUGCGGGCUGUGGGACUGGGUUGCGAGGGAGACGGAGGCGGGGACGAUCACGUGGAGCGAGACCAAGGAUGGCGGGGCUCCAGAGGGUGGCCAUGCGGUGAGAGUCGCGGACGGCCGGCAGGGAAUCGACGCCGGGGAGCCUGCCAGCGCUAAGUGA